CCCCCGGCAGCUCGGAGGAUGCGGGGCUGCAGGGAAGCGUAAGCGGGGCUGAGGCCGUGGCACCUGUACUGGGCUGCUACUGCCUUACUCCCAGGUUAUUCCUUGCUUCCUCGCGGCUGCUGAGGAGAGCCUGCCGGGACGCUGCCGGUAACCUGCUAAGGCGACGCGUUGGCGUUGAGGAAAAUGGAGGCGCCCCUGGUGAGCCUCGAGGAGGAGUUCGAGGAAGGACCCGGGGACAAUGUGGGGACCCCACAACGCACCGCAGACCCAGCGCUGGCCGAGCUGGAGAGCUUCUCAGCCGAGAUGAUGAGCUUCAAGUCAAUGGAGGACCUGGUGCAGGAGUUUGACGAGAAGCUCACUGUCUGCUUCCGCAACUACGACGCUACCACUGAGGGUCUGGCCCCCGUGCGGGGGCAUCUCCAGGCGCAGGAGGAGGAGGAGCGCCUCCAGGAUGAGGAGGUCUGGGAUGCUCUCACCGAUGGCUUUGCACCCCGGGGCUCCCCCCGACCUUGGCUGCUCCCUGAGGCUGAGUCCUCCAGCGGCUCCGACCUCCAGAGACUCCAUCUGACCUCUUCCUCAUUCAGCUUCACCAUCCAUCAUCUCCCCAUCCACCAUCCUCAUCAUCUCCAUCCUGCAUCUCCAACACCUCUUCAUCCAGUGUCACUGUCCAAUAUACUCAUUUCAAACAUUUCUCCAUCACUUCUCCAUCCAAGGGCCAUGUCUGUGUCCAUGUUGCGGCCAAGCCUGUGCCAGGCCGGGCGUGUGGUGCCACCAAGGCCGCCCAGCCUGUGUCUCCUGCAGCUCUGCGAGAAGGAGGAGGAGGAGCAGGAGGAGGAGGAGGAGCUCACUGAGAGGAGUGAGCAAGACUCGGGCAUCAACGAGGAGCCGCUGCUGACAGCUGAGCAGGUCAUCGAGGAGCUGGAGGAGCUGAUGCAGAGCUCGCCUGACCCAGAAGCUGACCCUGAGGGUGAUGAGGAUGAGGAGGAUGAGGAAGAGGAAGAAACUGAGGCCGAUGCUGAAGGCGAAGGUGGCGGUGGGGGCACGGAGCCCAUAAUUCUGCGUGAGCUGCAUGCGUUCUCCCCUGCCUUCAACAAGAACUGCUCCUAUGAAGGGCUGGGGCGGCUGUCGGCGCGGGAGCUGGCAGCAGCCGCGGGACGUGCGGAGGCGGCGAGCCGGGCACUGUCGGCAGAGCUGGUGGCGCAGUUGGCACGGCGGGAUGAGCUGGCGUUUGAGAAGGAGGUGAAGACGGCGUUCAUCGGGGCGCUGCUGGCGGUGCAGGGGGAGCAGCGGGAGCAGCGGGAAGCUGCCCGGCGUCGCCGUCGCGACAAGGGGCUCAGUCUGCAAGGGGGGCGUCCCGAGCGCGGGAACCACAUGCCCCGCAAGCGCUUCAGCAUGGAGGGCAUCUCCAGCAUCCUGCACUCCGGCCUGCGCCAGACCUUUGGCCCCGCUGCCAGCGAGAAGCAGUACCUGAACACGGUGAUUCCCUAUGAGAAGAAGGGGUCGCCUCCCUCCGUUGAGGACCUGCAGAUGCUCACCAACAUCCUCUUUGCCAUGAAGGAGGGGAAUGAGAAGGUGCCCACCCUGCUCACGGAUUACAUCCUCAAAGUGCUUUGCCCAACCUGAUGCGGCGCUGCCCUCGCACCCCCCGACCCCUCCGGCGCCCCCCGAAAAUGGGGCCAAACCUGAGGAAAACGGGUCGCCUGUGCCCCCCCACCCCUGCACUCCCCCCUCCUUUGCACAGCUGGGAAAUAAAUAAUUCGUU